AUGGACAUCUGGUUCCAAAUUUGUUCUUCGAUCAUAUCUAGCUGCCAGCUUGGUCGUCGACACGUUUAUUUCCACAGUUGUGCUCCCAUUCUUGCUUCGUCGAUUGUUUCGUUUUGGUGCACAGCUGAUCUUGUUUGUGUCAAAUGCAUAAGGUUGUCUCAGGUCGGAGAUUUCCGAUUGUGCUCAUUGCAACCAAGACGAAGAAGACGACGACGAUCCGUCCACGGCGGUCAUCUCCUCCACGGGCGUAUUGACGCCACAGCCCGCUAUGGGUACCUUGAGUUGGCCAUCGAGCAGAUGGCAAAGACUGCAGACGCCAGCAACGCACUCAACCACGGGCUUCACUACCUUCGGUCGACCGGCAAUGCAUGUGCGGCGAGGGUGUUGUUAUGGUGGGGAUGGGAGAACUCCGAUGCUCACGCGGCGAACAUCCACUGCUCGAACCACCAUGGCGCUCGGCUACAGGGCGUCAUGACAACAGCUCCCCAAGCGAUGCAAGCCGCCUGUUCGACGAAAUGUGUGAGAAGCAAAAUAGAGACAUCAACGGUGUUUUCAUGUGUCUAAUACAAAUUUAUUUUUUAAAACAUAGCCAGAUAGCAUUUUCGACAUGAACAAAGGAUUCGUAAUGCGCUCGGCUACAGGGCGUCAUGACAGCAGCUCCCCAAGCGAUGCAAGCCGCCUGUUCGACGAAAUAUGUGAG